CUGGGGCUUGUACUCAGCGGUACACCAGAGGGGUAUCAUGACUAUUUAUAACCAGCAAUUCGCUGUUAUCAAUUUUUCAGUCGCUUCGCCGUGCUGUCGUCGCUUGUAACACCCCGGUGAGAGACAACAAGCAGCCGGGUCGAGCAGGAUGUAAAAGGGAGCUGGUGAGCUGUGACUGUCCCCUUCUUUGUGUGUCUCUGUGCACCCCGCAUGUACCGUGGACAGCCCCGGCCUGUCAGAGAGGCGCUGUGCUCAGAGACUGUGCUGCACUAGGAGAUCUCCAUGGCUUCUGGCCCUCCAUCUCCCUCUGUAGGCCGCAGGCUCAGACUGCUGGAGUUGCUUUUUAGCGCUCUGUUGGUCUUGCUGGUUUCUGGGCUGGGACCAGUGCUGGGUCAGAAGGUCUACACCAACACAUGGGCUGUUCACAUACCUGGAGGUCAGGAGGAAGCAGAUCUAAUUGCCAGCAAACAUGGGUUUGUCAACCACGGACAUGUAUUUGGAGAUUAUUAUCACUUCCGGCAUCGUACAGUGGUGAAGAGAUCGUUGUCAGAUCACAGGGGAACACAAGUCCGUCUGCAGAAAGAUCCCAAGGUGACUUGGGCAGAGCAACAGGUGUCGAAACGGAGGAAAAAGAGGGAUGUGUACACAGAACCUUUUGAUCCCAAGUUCAGAGACCAGUGGUACUUGUACAACGGCAACCACCGUGACUUGAAUGCCAAAGCUGCGUGGCAGUUGGGCUACACAGGUAAAGGAGUGGUGGUGUCCAUUCUGGAUGAUGGAAUAGAGAAGAACCAUCCUGACUUGAUGCAGAACUACGACCCAGAUGCCAGCUACGAUGUGAACGAUGGAGACCCUGAUCCUCAGCCUCGAUACACGCAGCUUAAUGACAACAGGCAUGGAACACGAUGUGCAGGAGAAGUAGCUGCAGUAGCCAACAAUGGGAUCUGUGGAGUCGGGGUGGCCUACAAUGCCAAGAUUGGAGGUGUGCGUAUGCUGGAUGGUGAGGUGACUGACAUGGUGGAAGCCCAGUCCCUCAGUCUGAAUCCCCAACACAUUGACGUCUACAGCGCCAGCUGGGGCCCAGAGGAUGACGGCAAAACUGUUGAUGGACCGGCCAAACUUGCCAAAGAAGCUUUUCUACGUGGAGUUACAGAGGGUCGUGGCGGUUUGGGCUCCAUCUUUGUGUGGGCUUCUGGGAAUGGAGGGAGGGAGAAGGACAGCUGUAACUGCGACGGCUACACCAACAGCAUCUACACCCUGUCCAUCAGCAGCUCCACACAGAACGGCAAUGUCCCCUGGUACAGCGAGGCUUGCUCCUCCACCCUCGCCACCACCUACAGCUCGGGGAACCUCAAUGAGAAACAGAUAGUGACUACAGACCUCAAAUCAAAAUGCACAGACUCUCACACAGGCACGUCUGCCUCCGCCCCGCUGGCUGCUGGGAUCAUCGCCCUUGCCCUUGAGGCCAAUAAAAACCUGACCUGGAGGGACAUGCAACAUCUGGUUGUACGAACUUCUCACCCUGCCCACCUGCUCACCAAUGACUGGAGAACCAAUGGGGUUGGGCGCAAAGUUAGCCAUUCAUAUGGAUAUGGUCUACUUGAUGCCAGUGCAAUUGUAGCACUGGCAAAGACGUGGACCAGUGUGGGGCCACAGCGGAAAUGUGUGAUCUCCAUGGUCAGUGAGCCAAGGAACAUCGGCAGCCAUUUAUCGAUUAACAUGAGUGUGGAUGCCUGCAUUGGCACAGACAGUCACGUGACCUCAUUAGAGCACGUCCAGGCCCGGCUCACCUUGUCCUACAACCGGAGGGGAAACCUGGCUAUCCACCUCAUUAGUCCUGCUGGGACGCGCUCCACGCUUCUCCACCCCAGGCCUCACGACUACUCGUCAGAAGGUUUUAAUGACUGGGCUUUCAUGACCACCCACUCCUGGGAUGAGAACCCCAGGGGGGCGUGGACGCUGGAGAUUGAGAACGUGGCUGGUGCCAGUGACUACGGCACUCUGACCCAGUUCACCCUGGUGCUGUAUGGCACCGGCUCAGCAUCUUCCAGCUCCUCCGUCACGUCUCAGCCUGGCAACGGCAGCUGCAAGACCUUGGACCUGAGGCAGAUAUGCAUCGAGUGCGACACCGGCUACUACCUCUUUCAGCAUGGCUGUGUGAAAGAAUGUCCAGCAGGCUUCUCAGUGGGCUCCCAGCCCCUCAACUACACAGUGGGAAACUCGAUACCACCAGCUUCCGUCCCAGCCUGCCUGCCCUGCCCACCGCCCUGCCUGACCUGCAGUAGCCUCAGCCCUCGGGCCUGCCUGUCCUGCCCCCCUCACAGCUCCCUGGACCCCAUCUCUGGCACCUGCCUGCACCUCAACCAGUACAUGCGAGAGUCCCCUGGCAGCUUCACGGCAGGCCAGGGGCACCCGGGAUCGGAGCUCCAGCUGAGCUCCCGGCUGCCCAUCACCAUCGCUGUGCUCAGCUGCAUAGCCAUCAUCGCCACAUUCGCUGGCAUCUUCCUGCUGCUGCAGCUGCGCUCAGGCGCGCUCAUUAAGUUGCCCUCUCUGGAGGCUGGUGGCGGCCUCGGGGGCAGCUUCAGCCUGGGGGGAAAUAGGGUGGUGUCAUACCGUGGCAUCCCGACAGUGUGGGGGGAUGAAGAGGUAAACACAGACUCCGAAAACGAAGAGUUUGACGUCCACAAUGAGAAGACUGCCUUUAUCAAAACACAAAGUGCUCUUUAAUGCCUCCCCCACAUCCCUCCUUCUCUCCUGCUUUUAAAUCCUCUCACCCCCACAUUUGUCUGAUAAUUCAGGGCUGUGGUAACUGUCCUUUCACAGUCUUUUCUGGUUUUAUCUCUCAUCCCUUUUUUCUGUCUCUGUCUUACUGGGUCUCAUCUGAGUCCUGCUUCAGGAUCUCCUCUUCCACUCUGCUGUGGGAGGACCUGAUAGGAAGCCGCUGUCUCUCAGAGCUCGGGAUGGCCCGAGCUUUGCUCUGUUCACACUUGGGUGCAUUUCUAUUAAACUGGCUCUCUCCCUCCUCUUGCCCUCAAUCACUAACAGUGUCUGUCUGUGCAGAGUCUAUUUUCCCCUCCAGCUCCUUUUUGUUACAGUAAACAAAUGAUUAUUAUUUGCUUUCUUCCUCUUUUUUUUCUCUUUCCAUCAGUCUCAGUGCAGUAGCCAGAUGAGAUUGUUGAAUGUGAGGUGUGUGUGUGUGUGUGUGUGUGUGUGUGUGUGUGUGUGUGUGUGUGUGUGUGUGUGUGUGUGUCUGUCUGUCUGUCUGUCUGUCUGUCUGUCUGUCUGUCUGUCUGUCUGUCUGUCUGUCUGUGUCUGUCUGUGUGUGUGUCUGUGUGUGUGUGUGUGUGUCUGUGUCUGUGUCUGUGUCUGUCUGUGUGUGUCUGUGAAUGUGAGCGUGUAAAAUCUGAUGAACAGUGUAGUGCCCUUUAUAGAGAAAGCUAAGGCUGGCCCUGUCACAUUUAGUACUUUAACUUUAAAGUGAUAACAAAAAAUGGUAUUAUGAGGCAUGAAAUCGGAUUUGGAAACAUUGAUUCUCUCCCAAGUGUAGUUAAGUGACAUCAACAUCCAAAAUCUGUUCAGAAAACCACCACUUAUCUGUAGCGAUUCACAUUUUAAAGAUGCACAAAUCAAAAGCCUGAUAGUUCGAAAUGCCCUGGCUUUGACUGGUGACACAUGAUUAUAAACCAUUAGAGAAGCAAAACAGACUGUUUGAGAGCUUUCUCUUUAUGAUGAUGAUGUUAUAUAUGUAUUUACUUGAAAGAAAAUCCAUCUCUCAUACAGUGUUUUUUUCUGUACAGUUAUUGAUCGAGGUGUGAUUUCAGUUCUCGUAUUGUGCACUCAAUCUGGUAAGAUCUCUCUCAGCUCUGGCAGAACAUACUGUGAGUCACACAACUAGCAAAGAUUCCUUCCGCCUUUUGGGAUUUAAGAUGGACUCAUUUAUUCCGGUUUGGAAACUAUAAAUUCUCCUGCACUUGUAGUAGGACAUCCAUCACAUGAAACCAUCACAUAAAAAGAAUUAAAGAAAAACACACACACACACAUACUAUUCAGUCUACCCCGAGGCACAGUCCCUUCCAGGGAUAUUUAAUUUCUGUGUCUGAUGUUCUCAUAUCGCGGGGCUGUUAGAACUGCCGCCGAGGUGCUGAUGGGACCCAAAACAAUAUGUGACUGUUGAGCACAAGAGCUUCUCAAAUCAGCUGGCAGGUGUUGAGUCACCUGUGAUUGAUUUCUUGACAGAGCAGACAGAGACAGCACAUUGAUGCUUUCUCUUUUUGUCAGAGCACAUUAGCACUACAAACACACGCCUCAUAUCAUAAUGACUGAAACGUGUGUGUGUGUGUGUGUGUGUGUGUGUGUGUGUGUGUGUGUGUGUGUGUGUGUGUGUGUGUGUGUGUGUGUGUGUGUGUGUGUGUGUGUGUGUGUGUGUGUGUGUGUGUGUGUCUUAGUUUACUGCAUAUGAAGUGGAGAAAUGUUUAUCAGCCCUCUGAAGUGAAGGUUUCCUUCGUCUCUGCUGUCUUCUUCAAAUCUUGAAUACUAUUUAGAAAUCCUGCGUUGAGACUCCACAUCUCAUCAGUGUCUCUGCUUUUACCCUCCAGUCUUCAUCUACUCUGAAUUUCAUAUUAUCUCUUCAGUGUACUUGCCAAUUAAUUAUAUUCUGAAUGAUACUGCAGCAACUAUUUAUUCUGAGAGAUUUUAAUCAUACCUUUUAGGGAAGAUUGUUUUAAAGUGAUUUUUCUCCCGGGCUGGUUAUCAUCUAAAAUAUGCAUCUCAUGAUUUAAUCCAGAGUAGCCAUUUUGAAUCCACUGAUCUCUUUUUCUACUAUGUUGAAAUUAUUAUUAUUAUUAUUAUUUUCUCAUUUCCAGUAUAAAAACAGUGGAGCUUGCUGAGAGAGGUUGUCAUGGUGAUGACAUGCAUUCAAAACUGCAGCUGCUCAUCCUUUUAUCUACCUCUCAUAUCAUUCAGCAAGGGUUCAUACGCUGUUAGAGGAGCUGUUAAUGAUUAUAGAGGUCAAAUUAUAUGUAGGUCAGAUAUGAAAACGCUUCUCGGGAAAGAUUUAGGGGGAUAGGCAUGUAAGUCAAAUUUAUGUUUUAGAAGAGAAACAAGCAAUUGUAAAGCUGCUGUGUAAAUUCUAGUCUCCUAACCUCCUAUCACUCCUAAAAUGUAUUGCCUUUAGGAUCAGCAUUCAUGGGCAGGCACACCUGGGCUUUAAAACCUGUUAUUGAAAAUAAAAUGGGUAGAAGGAUUGUCCAUAGAUCUUGCUGGCCAGCGGUUAUGUACUAAAUCAUUUUCAAAAUUGUUUGGGAUGUUUGUUUUGCCUCACCUCUCAUACUCAGUACCCGGGCGGCUCCAUCAGAGGUGAAGACCUUUUCGUUUUUUAAGUUCAUGUCACCGACAAUCAAACAGUUUCCUUUCUUUUGAGGGCGAGAAGAUGCACAAGCACACAAAACAAAUCGAUUUUAAUUUAACCACUUGUGUUGAAAAGCCUUCUCAGAAGGUUUUAUUCAUAAAUAUGCAGAGCUGAAUGUGAUUUAAAUUGCAAAAGCGUGUUCAGAGAGGGUUCAAAGGGGAAAAAAAUAGCAGAGAAGAAGAAGAGUUUCAAACCAAUACAACAGCCUCUUGAAAAGCAUGGAGAAAGAUUGGUAUGUAUGCUCUCAAACACAGCGCUGAGCCAGGAAGCUUAAUUCAUCUCAGAUGGCCAGUGCAGGUGCUGCACAUUUGGCUUAUCGUGGUAGUUUCAGCCAGGAAGCACUAAACUGGAUUGGAAACCAAUCCGAGCGCAUGGAUUUAGAGAAAGUGCCCUCUAAAGGAACAGAGCUAAUGUGGCUGCAGAAUAACGAGUGUGUGCUGCAUCGCUCUUUGUGCGAUGUACAUUAGUGCCUACUGCCAUUGAGGCUUUGAUAAGCCCCAGUUUAAGGAGGGUGCUAAUUUAAAAAUGUAAUAACUCCAGCCUCGGACUUGAGUGUGUAAACAGAUAAUGGGCUAAUGCGGCAACAAAUUUGCUUCCAUAAACUAUUUUCUUAAACUCUGAAUGCUCAGUUUGCAUUUUUAGAAGAACUAUAAAGUGGACCAAUUUGUUUGCGAUUCAUAUUGACUAAUUGAUGCUCAGUCUUGUCAAUAUUAUCCAUUAUGCAUCUUCCCUUCCAAAAGGUUUAUAUUGCUUCCAUAGAGAAUUAAGCUUCCUCUGAAGUGCAACAUUUUGGGGUGUUCAGACAAGUUGCUCUGGCCCCCCCGAGGGCGUACACAAAAUUAUUUAUUCAUCUUAGCUUAAUGUUGUAUUCAGUUUGAAAAACUCAGAAAACUUUAAACUGAUAAACUCGGAGCUUUGUGCAUUUGAGUGUUCUUCUAAGAAAAUCAUGAAUGCGGGCAGCAUUAAGUAGCUAGUGCUUCCAAAGCACGGGGAGCUGCUGAAAACCAUUAGCAGGUCAUCUUACUCUUUCACUGCAAGAAUGUGAUGGAAAUUACACACUAACAACAGAAGAGCUUCUCUAAUUGUGUCGGAAGUGUGAAGCCGUUUCAUGUAAAAAGUAACAGAAAUGUUAAGAGAAAAAUUCGUUCUUUGCAAAUUGUCUCCUCUGGCUUUAAAGAAAAGACUCGCCCGUGGGAAUGAUGGAGGCUUUUUUCUUUAUACAGCUGAUUUAUUUAACAUGGAGCUCAAUGUUGCUUCAGUCCUGCCUUAGGAUGUAGUGUGAAGUGAUCAAUAUGAAGUCGGAUGGAGUUAAUAGGAGCAAUAUCUUUGGCAUAACCAAAGACAAUCAUUUUAAUGCUGUCUGUUUAGUGUUACGACGUGUUGCUUUCAGGUUGUCACAGUCCAUCGACCUCUUCACUUACAUUACAAGUGUUGUUGAUAUCAUUCUGUCAUCUCUGCCUUUCCUGUAGAUCUGCAGUGACACCUUGUAUGUUCAGCAGCUGUGGAGGGAGGAGGUAGAAUGUAUCCCAUCUCCAUUAACUUAAGGGCUGAAUCAGAAUUGCGUGCGUCUGUUUGUGCACAUGCUUGUUUAAGUAUAUAUGAAACACUUUGGGGGUUAAGUGGAGCAGCCUCAGACGACUCUGUUUUACCACCUCCCGCCUCUUCGUGAGGUUCCUGGCCUGUGGCUGCACACAGUACCUUACAGAUUUGUGACCUAUGAAUAAUGUACAAGAAUGACUAUCUUCACAUGGGACAUAACUCUAAAAUAAGGCCUAUUUUUGUACUAUAUGAAUGGUGCAGUGUAAUUUUCUUGUAAUUUAAAGAUUUUUUUGCUCUCGUUUUUCUUCUUUUUAUUUAAUUGAUGUCAAUUAUAGAUUCUACUAAAAAUAAAGAUCUAUGCAAAUUUGAA